CAGAUCUCGGUGGAGGGCUUCGCCAGGUACCUGAACGGCGAGGAGAACAGCAUCAUCCCCCCAGAGAAGCUGGACCAGAGUGAAGACAUGACCUUUCCCCUCUCACACUAUUUCAUCAACUCCUCUCACAACACCUACCUCACAGCGGGGCAGCUGGCAGGCAGCUCUUCGGUGGAGAUGUACAAGCAGGUCCUUCUGUCCGGCUGCCGCUGCAUCGAGCUGGACUGCUGGAAGGGGCGUACCACUGAAGAAGAACCUGUCAUCACCCACGGCUUCACCAUGACCUCCGAGGUCUCCUUUAAGGAGGUGAUCGAGGCCAUUGCAGAAUGCGCCUUUAAGACCUCACCUUUCCCUGUCAUCUUGUCUUUCGAGAAUCACGUGGACUC